ACGUUCGCGACUCAGUAGCUGCGCUGGGGCAUGCGCAGAGAGACCGCGGGCGCUUGGUGGUGGCCUUGGCGGGUCCUCAAACUUUGAUGGAAUUAGCUUGAAGUUUUCCCGCUGGUUUAAGGAAAGCGACGGGCAGUUUCCGGGAAAGGAGACAAGAUUCUGGCUCUGGAAGUACGGGUUCGGAGACAGCGCUUUGGCCCGGGGAAUCCGCAGUCUGAAACUGGAGACUACCCGAGCCGCGGGCGAACCUCCUCCGAGGCCUGGUCGGGAAACCCUCCCGGAGGUGGGAAACCAAGGUCCUGCCUCCAGAGCCCCUCUAAAGAAGAUGACUCAAGACCAGCCUUUGCUUGCUGUGCACGAGGCCCUGAGGAAGUGCUUUCCCGUGGUGGAGGAGCAGCAGGGCCUGUGGCAGAGCACGCUGAGGGACAGCCAGCCCCUCCUGGCCUCCCUCAGCAACCUGGCAGAGCAGCUGCAGGCGGCCCACAAUCUGCGGUUUGAGGACGUGCCUCCACUUCGGGCCUUCCCAGACUUAAAGGAGCGGCUGAGGCGCAAGCAGCUGGCGGCUGGCGACACUGUCUUGGACAAGUUAGGGGAGAGGCUAGCCACCCUCCUCAAGGUGCGUGACACCGUCAGCAGGCACGUGGAGCAGGUGCUUGAGAUCUAUGAGCAGCAUGCAGACUCGAUUGGCAUUGAUGCUCUUCUGCAGGCUUCAGUGGUCAGCCCUUCUGUGGCUGACAUGUUGGAAUGGUUGCAGGACAUUGAGAGACAUUAUCGAAAUUCGAAGUUAUCUGAAGAGAAAGUACCUCCUGUCCUCGAUCCAGUGGGGAGAUUUAGCAAACAUCCAAGCUUUGCCCAAGGCCUGGGACCAAAUUUCAGAAGAUGAACACCAAAGCCUUGUACAAGAUACCCUGUUGAAUGUUUCCUUCUUCCUGGAGGAGUAAAGAAGCCGUGUGUUUACCAGCAAACUAGGGGGACACAGUUGAAGACUGAUGUUGGUGCUUUCUGGUAUGGUAACCUGACAUACUUGAAAAAUCAGUGCCUAGAGCCUGAGGACUGGCUUCUGAUGCUGGGGCCUCUCCCUGCGACGUCACGGCUGAGGGCACAUUGCCCUUUCCUAGGCUCCAGAGUGGAGGAGGCGGAGAGAAUGCAGGAAAGGCAAUGCAGGAGAACACUGGGGUAGGGGCUACUGCCACGAAGUGGUAGGGAAGGAGCGGGCCGGGGAGGGGGUGUGACACACCCUUGGCAUCACCCAGAGCUCUGAGCUUGGUUGACACCCGGCCCUGUUUUGUGCAUUUGUGUCAGUAUCGAUUCUUUGACGGAAGAUGAUGAUUCUUGAUGAUUUAAAGAAAUAAAGGUGAUAAUUGAUGGAAGACAGUACAGCUCUUCCUCGACUUAGAGUGGGGUUACAUCCUGAUAAUCCCAUCAUAAAUUGAAAAUAUUGUAAGUCAAAAAUGCAUUUAAUACACCUAACCUAGGGCGCCUGGGUG